CUAGAAAACGUUGAACUUUGUGUUAUGUGCAUUUUGCCGUGCUAAGCAAGCUGUCGGCUGGCGAAAAGCUGGGGCCCGAGGCGCUAGACGCCUCCGCACAUGCAACUCAACUGCAGACGAUGACCUCUACAAUGGGAAUAAUGACACUCAGCCGCGGCCCGUGUGACCUGGACAACAUGAGUCUGUUCCAAGACCUCAAAUUGAAGAGGCGGAAAGUUGACUCCCGAUGUAGUAGCGAUGGCGAGUCGGCAGCGGACACAAGCACGUCUUCGCCGGACCCUGGCCCGCCGUCUCCGCGCAUGGCAGACGCCGGCUGCAGCACGCCGCCGCACCCGCCGCCCGUGUUUGACGGCGGUGGCUCACCCUCACCCUCUCCUGCUGCCUGCCACCCAACCGUUAUUCGCUCCGCCCCCCCUAACUCCGUCAUCAAGUUUGAAGGUGCACCUGCACCCAUUAAAAUAGAAAUAUCUUCUGCUGGAAAGCAUGACUCCUCCCCAGCUUCCCAUUAUUCAUCUGUCAAAUUAGAAGGGCCACCCCCUGAUCACCCACAUUCGUAUAGACCUCGUGCCCUCGCUCCUCCCCCGCCAAGUCCCCACGCCUCUUUAUCGCCAAAUCAUUGGCCCCCCGCGGCUUGUAUUAAUGGUGUAAAACCUGAACUCAUCGGCGGUCAUUUUCCACCACAACCAUUAGAACCAAAAGGCGCAAGAGGUUCGACGCAAUGGAGAGGAGCACCCGCAGUGAUUAUGGGCGAAUCUGGUGGAGUCCGGACAAUGUUCUGGACUCUUCCUGCACCUACUUCUGGCGGAGAACCAUCCCCGGGAGCUUCUCAUACUCCAACACCACCUGCAUCAGAUCCUAAUACAUGUAGUGAAGAAUCAGCAGCCCGACUUUUGUUAAAUCUAGGAGGGGAGUUAAGGCGAACUCAAGGGCCAAGACUAAACAUGGAAUUAUUAUGGGCUGGGGACGUUUCCCAAUUACCAGCUCAUCAGCAAAUACAUGCCUUAAAUCUUAGUGCUGCUGCUGGAGGAGUUCCUGGUAUUUCAAAUGUACCAAAUACAAGUCCCUUAGCACCACGACCCGAGUUAAGAACAUACGCACCUGAAGCUGAGCGUGAUGAAGAUGAACAGCCGAUGAUCUGUAUGAUUUGUGAAGAUAAGGCGACUGGUCUCCACUAUGGUAUUAUAACAUGUGAGGGUUGCAAGGGUUUCUUCAAAAGAACUGUGCAGAAUAGACGAGUAUAUACAUGUGUGGCUGAUGGAGGCUGUGAAAUAACAAAAGCGCAAAGAAAUAGAUGCCAAUAUUGUCGCUUUAAAAAAUGUAUAGAACAAGGAAUGGUUCUACAAGCCGUUCGAGAAGAUCGUAUGCCAGGAGGUCGAAAUAGUGGUGCAGUGUACAAUUUAUAUAAGGUUAAAUACAAGAAACAUAAGAAGCCAAAAACUUCAACUGCAACCAGUAGGGCGUCACCUCCGGAAAAACCUAAAGACCCUUUACCACCCCUCCCACCGAACCUCGUUAAUGGGACCAUCCUUAAGACUGCUUUAACAAACCCAAGCGAGGUGGUUCACUUGAGGGCAAGACUGGAAAGUGCUGUGUCAUCGUCAAGAGAUAGAGCGAUACCUCUAGAUAGGGCCUUGCAUAUGAUCAGAGCACUGAUCGAUUGCGAUGCAAUGGAAGACAUCGCCACUGUUCGCCAUUUACCUGAUCUCCUGCACGACACGUCAGAAAUAGGUGAUAAGCUAUGUAAGAUUGGAGAUUCAAUAGUCCACAAGAUGGUCGCUUGGACGAAAAAGUUACCGUUCAUAAUGGAAAUUCCUAUGGAAAUACAUUCAAAACUAUUAAUGGAAAAAUGGCAUGAGAUCUCAGUAUUGACAACAGCGGCAUAUCAAGCAAUUCAUGGCAAACUAGCUCAUGCGCCACCGUCAUCAGACCACGAACAUGAUUUUAUGCAGGAGGUUAACGCAAAUCUUAGAACGUUACAAAACUGCUUAACGUCACUCAUGGGAAGGCCGAUCACAUUAGAACAGCUAAGGCUGGACGUGGGUUUAGUGGUAGAGAAGAUGACACAAAUCACUUGUGUCUUUAGGCGCAUCCAGCUUCGGAUGGAGGAGUACGUCUGUUUAAAAGUCUACAUAUUGUUAAAUCAGGAAGUUGAGUUGGAGGGAAUUCAGGAUCGAUAUGUGCAAGUUCUACGGAGCUAUUUAGAGCAUGCUGCACCACAUCACCCUGGUAGACUACAAGAAUUAUUCGCAAGAAUACCGGAGAUCCAGGCAGCGGCGAACUUGUUACUAGAAAGCAAAAUGUUCUACGUGCCGUUCGUGCUAAAUUCAGCUGAAAUCAGAUAGUAUAUGGCCGAGCAGGGUUUGUAGUUCUCGAUGUAUGAGCGACAACCUCGCUCCCGCCGCGCCCUUGUCUUAUGAAGCGGUUCGCGUCCACCACCUGUGUUCACCAACGCACUUAGCAAUGUUCCUACUUGUUUGAACACUGCGGUCUAGAACCUUCCCUCUAACAAACCCUUUUUACCGCGUUGUUGCCGUUUAUGGACGAUUAAUUUCGCGAUUCUUCAAUGAUUGUGCGACGAGUGUAGACGUUAUAUGUGUGUGAUGGGUGAAAAAUUAUAACGUCCCAAUUGACAGACUGAUUUAUGAUUAAUAGUUAUUUUUAGUAAGGGACUUGAAUGCGUGUUUUAUACGUGGUAGUGUAUACUACUUAGUGUUAAUUAGAAUAUAUAUUGCUAUUUAAAUUUGUCAAUCGGAGAACCGCAUAAUAUAUUCCUGUAAAUAUAGUAUAAGUUUUUGAUAGGUUAGUCGUUGUUUUUAGGAGUUGUUUCUUUGUAAAUGAAUAUUGCUGUUUUAGUUUGCAUUUUAUAUCUAGAGUUUAACCGGUAGAUUUAUUUUUUACUGGGUGUGUUUUAUCGGAAAAAUUUAAUUUAAUUUUGUAUGACUUAUUCAUGAUAGUAGCACUAAGGACUUAUUCUCAGUGUUUACCAAGACUGCUUGUAUACAAUUGUACUGUUUAAUCCUAACUUAUAUAGGAACUUGGCGCGGCUCGCGUUCUAAACUUAUACUUAGUCACAAGAUAUGCAUUUUUACUGCAAAGACUUCGCAUUAAAUUGUGCAAACUUUCCUUUGAUCUUUACCUUUGAACCGCAUGUAACUGUAACGUAUAAUACGAAAGUUAAGAUAAAAUGUACUGUAUAUUGAACGACCUUUCAUAGCUUUAUGUACCCGUAAAAUUAUUUCAUAAAUACGUUUUGCUGUUUACUAUUGUAUAAUGUUAAUGUGUUCAUUUUAAAUAAGUUCUCUAUUCUUAAAUGUCCAGUCCGUUGCACACAAACCUGAAUCCACGCAAAAUAAUGAAAUAGUUUUCCUUCGGUUAAAAUUCAAUACACAGACUGCGUGGUUUGCUAACACAACUCAGUAGUUAUUAACCCAAUCAUUUCACAACUAGUGCUAUAAACAUAUUUCAUCUGUGUCAAAACACAGUGAUGAACUUUAUGAUCAGAUAGUUUAUUAGCACUGUAACUAUUUAUACCAUUAAACUAACAUUUUCAUUAACAUUUGUCGUCAUGAUACAUUAUUAUGAUUAAAUCACCUGAUAAGUACAUAAUUAUAUGUAGGGAUGUAAUUUACCACACAUUAGUCAUAAAAUUAUUGUAUUAAUUAGGCAUAACUACAAUGCGGUAUAAUAGUGACACGCAAAAACUUCUUUCUGUACGAAUUAUAAGUUCCUAAAGGAUAUCUGUCUGUUAGUAAUUUUGUUUCUAUUAAACUCAAAAAAAAAAUUGGUCAACAUUGGUGAUACAAUUCUGUAAAACCUUCGAAAUCUUCAGGGAAAAUCUAACUUCUGUCACUAUUGCGCCGGAUAAAUUAUUUUAAGGACUUUCCGAAAACCUAACAUACACUGUCAAUAAUCACUGCCUCCUUGUUUAAUUGAUAUUGUUAACUAUAAAAUAGUGUAAAAACGUUCCAACAACGGUGAACAGUUACCAUUAGCUUUAGCGGCGGUUUAUGCCAACUUAAAAUUAAGUAAUACAACCAAAAAGUUCGUUGUAGGGACUUAGGUUCUAGGUUAAAACUUUUGGCUACAUUUAAAAGAAUUUUACG